UGAGUCAACCCCUUUUUGCCUUUGAGUGGACAGACCCUGAGCUGGGUAUUUCAGGCCAGCUGACCUGGACACGGUUGCCUCAGGGAUAGCACAGGAAGGUCACCCUACUCCAGUACGUAGAUGAUCUCCUCCUAGCGGCCUGGGACUUUGAAACCUGUAAACAGGCCACAGGGGACCUUUUACAGGCCCUUCAGACUCUGGGAUAGGUGAUGUGGGGUAUUGCCGGCUUUGGAUCCUGGGGUUCGCAGAGCUCGCCAAGCCUUUAUAUUCGGCUACUGUGGGAGGGGAUACACCGCUCAUAUGGACAGCUGAAACUGAUAAAGCCUUUAAAGCCUUAAAACAGGCCCUCAUUUCGGCCCCGGCACUUGAUCUCCCAAAUGUUACCAAGCCGUUUCAUCUAUUUGUGGCUGAGAAAAACGGCAUCUCAAAAGGGGUCCUAACGCAGACCUUGGGACCCUAGAAAAGGCCAGUUGCUUACCUUUCCAAAAGGUUAGACCCCGUGGCCUCAGAUUGGCUCUCCUGUCUCCGGGCCAUUGCCGCAACAGCCAUGCUUGUCCGAGAAACCGAUAAGCUCACCUUUGGCCAAGAUUUACAUACCACCACCCCACAUGCUGUAGAUACUCUACUAAGAGGAACUCCUAACAGAUGGCUCUCAAACACCCUGCUCGCCCAAUACCAGGCCCUCCUCCUCGACCAGCCGCGACUACAAUUUCAUAAAGAGAUUACCCUCAAUCUGGCUACUCUGCUCCCCGACUCAGAUCCUGCUGCUCCACUCCACCACUGUCUCGAGGUAAUCUCUCAGACCUGCUUGGCUCGGCCUGACUUGAUGGAUGUAUCUCUACCCGAACCGGACGAGGUACUCUUUACAGAUGGGAGCAGUUAUGUCAAGGACGGAAUCAGAGGUAAAAAAAACCUCCCCCACGUUGUUUGAUGAGACUUUAAAUAAGGAUCUCAGUAGCUUCCGGAAGGACAUGAGUCCCAAGGCCAUAGGAAACCAGGCUGCUGACCAGGCCGCCCGGAAAGCUGCCCUAAGACCAGUGAGGCUGAUAGACAUCAUGACAACCCAACUAUUAGAAUAUCUCCCUGAUAACCCCACCUACACUGAGGAGGAACGCCAGUCCUUCCUGUCACAACAAGCCCGUCUCCUGCCGGAUGGUUGGUAUCGGACCCCGGACAGCCGACUUUGUCUACCCAAAGCCUUGGGGAGGCAACUCUUGGCGCAGUUCCAUCAACUUACUCACCUUGGGGCACGUAAACAAGGAGAACUAGUCCGCUCCAAGUUCAGGAUCCCGGACCUCACUGCCAUUACUCAAGAUAUCACCUUGAGAUGUCUAGCCUGCGCUAAGGUUAGUGCUAGUCCUCACCCGCGGCAGUUUGGGACUCGGUUCUAUCGGCGCCACCCCGGGGAGCACUGGGAGAUUGACUUCACUGAGUCUCUCCAAGCUUUACAGACACUUCAGACUGAGCUGCACCGGAUCAUCCAGGCUGCCCAACCAGACCGCGGACCUCUCCAGCCCCACCUGUUCCUGCCCAGGGUGACCGUCCUGGCCCGACGCAUCCCCUCCAAGACCCUCGAGCCGACCUGGAAAGGACCUUACAUUGUCACCUUAACAAAGUUGCCGGGAUCCCCGCCUGGAUUCACCACACGCAAGUCAAGCUUGCCCCGCCGAAUCCCGAAAAGAGAUGGAAGGUUCUCAGCAAGCCCGGCGACCAAAAGAUAAGACCCUCUUAGUAAAAUUUCAGGUCCCUUAGCCACCAGGUUGCCCAGGACUUAGGAUAUCUCAAGAGCUCCGUUUCUCACCUUGAACUCCAGGUUAACUCCCUCACCGAGGUAGUCCUCCAGAAUAGAAGAGGACUAGAUCUCCUCUUUCUCGAACAAGGGGGUCUCUGCGUAGACCUGGGGGAGACCUGCUGGUUUUACGCUAACCAGUCUGGGGUCAUUCGGGAAACUCUAGCCCUUGUUCAGGAAAAUCUCAAAGCUGGUAUCAGUCUCUCUUUAACUGGUCACCAUGGUUCACCACCCUCAUCUCGGCCCUUUCGGGUCCCCUCCUCCUCCUCCUCCUAGGCUGCCUAUAGGCCCAUGCUGCAUCAAUUGUCUCACGAGGUACCUGCACCGCCAGGUCAAUCAGGUUGAGCUCCUGGUCCUCCAGCGCCAAUAUACGCCCCUACAGACCCAAGACUCAAGGAUUUGAUCCAUUCUCAUAAGACCAGUGGGGAAUGUAAGGAUCUGUCCUCAGGGAUACUGUUGCAAGAACCAAAUUAGAUGAAUAAGGUUCCAGGAAACUAUUCAGGAUCCCCUUUGUCCCUGGGACCAGACCAGGGGCUUCCUGUCCCCAGUACAAAAAGUUUCUGUUCAAAACCUGUUUCAAGGAAGGACUCAUGCUCCGGGCCAAGCAACACCUGCAAUGGAUGCGGCCAAGUGCUAACAAUAACUGCUUGUUUUGCAAUAACAGUUUAUUCUUGCUUCUGUAAACCUGUUUGCAAUAACGGUUUAUUCUCACUUCUGUUAACCUGCUUCUGCUUAGGCGCUCAGAAAUAGGUAAAGCAUAUAUAAACUCUCACCGGCCAAGGCCCGGGGCCAUUCUCCUCUUGCAGAGUGAGACGGAUGCCAGGCCUGGCCCAAUAAAGCCUUUGGAAUGAAAACUCUGUCUCUCAGGUCUUUAUUAAUGAGCAAGGACCUAACAACCGUGAGUGGCUGGCAGCCAGCAUGAGCGGUCGGUAGUCAGCAAAAGCUGC